UACUUCUGGGUCCGCCGAAAAAAUACGUCCAUCCUCAUCGAAACAUACGAGGAGCAAACCCUGCCCGAUUUUCGGGACAUGCUCGCCAAAAUCUUGGCGCAACCGGUCGACGCUUUCACCCUCUUUAAGGACAAGGUUGAGCUCGUUGACGUCAAGAAGGAGCCGCCCAACAAAAAAGAUAAGAACGACAGUCGUGGGGGCGGAUUUGGCGGAAAAAGUGACUCCAGCAAGAAGAAAGGGGGGUCAAAGGGGGGCAAGACUAUGAGCAAGAAGAGUGACGACUCGGCAGGAAAAGAGGGCUCGGCUGAAGCCCCUGUGAUCAUGAGACUCGUCGAUUAUGGGAUUUCUGUGUCCGGUUCGUCCAUCUUCAACCCGGCCACGUUGGCGUUAUCGAUGAAAGACGCCACCACUGGAGCCUGGGAACCCGUUGAGAUCACGCCAUGGACAAAACCGGCAGAAAUUCCGGACUCGGUGAAACCAUACUUGCGAAAUUAUACGAGUGUGCUGAACGCGGAUAACGCGACCACCAGCGCGGACGACAUGACCCCACCGCCGGAAAAGGCACAAGGAAAAAAUAACAAAAAGACGUCGGGUGGCAAAGAAGUAGGAAUUUAAGAGCAGAUUUAUUUCAUAAAAUUGGAAAAUAUUGUACAAUAUUUAAUUCAUUCAUGGUCGAAAAAUGGAUAAUACAUAAAAAUUUAUGCAGUAAAUUUUCUUGAUAAGCACGUGGACUAGAAUUAGAUAAUUUUGGUUAUCGAUUCAAUUUCAUGGACUAGAAAGACAAAAAGCGUGUUGUAUGUAUAUAGAAAAGAAUUUGAUGUCUGAUGUGAUUCGGUUUACAGGAUCUAAAAUAAA